AUGGAUAGCCACAGUCGCUCCGCGUCGCCAGGCGCGCCGGCGCGGCCGCAGCAUCGGCCGCCGUCGCCGCCGACGCCGCCGGCGCCCGCGCCCGGCCUCGACAACCGCGCCUUCCAGCCUGACGACCCCAACCACAAUGACUCCUUCGCCUCCAACCACACGCACCAGAAUGGCCACACCAAGGAACUAAACGGAGACACGAAAACUUUAGAGGCGGUCAACUUGGAACUUAUUAAUUUGCAACCUAGAAAUGGAAACACAAAAAAGAAAGAUGUCGAAGUAGACAUGAAUGUACCGAACCCAUAUGAUGAAUAUUUUGUACCAGUCAACGAGCACAGGAAGUAUAUGAGAGGGGAGAAGCUGUACGUGACAGCAGACAAGCGUGGCGAGAAGGGCGGCUGCAAGCGGCCGCUGUGCUGGACGCUGCUCGGGCUCGUGGUGGCCGCCAUCGUCGCGCUGAUCGCGCUCGCCGCCACUGGUGUUUUAUUUACUAAUUCCCCGACACCGGUGGAACAGUACAACGCGUCCGUCAGCUCAGCACGGGCGCUCGGCGGCAUCGGGCAGGCAUCCCACCGCGACCACGACCAUCACCACAAUCACGGUCACGACCACGAUCACACACACCACGACGACCACACUCUGGACGCAGAAAAGCCUGACGACCCCCAACAAGUUGGCCACAGCCACGAUGACACAACGACUCACGGAAGUGAUGAACAAUACGACCAACCCGAUGUCGAAAAUAAUAAUGAUUUGUCAAUGUAUGUACCUAAAGUUAUGGAGGGUGAAUUAAAGAUAGACAACGAAGAAUUACCGGCUGCGCUUUACGAUCCCGGAAGUAACGAGUACAAACAAUUUACAGAAGAUUUUACCCAAGCCCUUAAAGAAGCCCUAUUCGGGGUAGACCCGAUGAACGAUAACAGCAACGACGUUCUAGUAGAACUUAUGAAGCUCAGGAAAGAGUCGGGCACCAUAAUGUACAGAAUACAUUGGAAAUCAGCGCUUGAUAACGAGCCAAAUAAUGAGUUAGGCCCUAAUGAAAUGAAGGAUAACUUGGAAAAAUAUCUCGUGAGACACAGUAGGAUGAUACACCUUUAUCAUGUCGCUAAAGACGGAAUAGAAGCGAGACGAGUUCUGGAUCUUUGUCAAAUCAAUAAAAAUAAUUGUGAAUACGGCUGCGAGUUCGAUGAAAGUACCUUAGAUUUUACAUGCUCUUGUCCCCAAAAUCAAAUGCUUGAUAUUACAAAUCCUCACAGGUGUAUAUCAACCGAUGAACCGAAUUCGGCGGAUGACUUAACUCAUAAUCCAAAUAACGCUUUCGCAAAUUCCGAUUCAGACCACACCACGACUAACAUAAACAUCGAAAAUAAUAUACAUAACACACGCCAUUCAGAUGACAAUGUUUUCGACUGGAAAGAAACUCAUACUGUGAUGUUAGAAACGACCACCGCCACAGAUCCAGAUCUUAACUUUUCGCACAUAUUUGGUCAUGAAAACAACGCUGAGGAUGAACAAAACCUGAGUACUGAAAGUAAAGACACAAACAAAGCUGUCAUCCAAGCUGAGCCCGAAGCUUCAUCAGUGCCAGAACCAGAACCCACAUCCGAACCAGAACCAUAUUCUGAACCUGUUCCUGAACCGUCGCCAGAACCAUCUUCUGAACCAUCGCCUGAACCAUCGUCAAACCCAGAAGCAGAACCAUCUUCGGAAUCGGAAUCCGAAUCUUCUUCUGAAGCAGAGGCCAAACAACAUUUGGAACUGAGCCCUAAACUAUUGUCAGAACCAGAACCUGAGCCGACUUCGACACCGGAACCUCCUUCUGAACCAGCAUCUGAAACAAAAUCGGAAAUUGACCCUAAGCCUACAUCGGAACCGGAAGUUUCUUCCGAGCCAAAACUUUCAAAAACAGAGGGAAGCCUUGAGCCGAAAGCAGUGGUAGAACUUGAAACUCCUCCUGUCUCAGAACGAAAUACAACAUCAUUACAGUCCGAAGAAGAACAUACCUCUGAACUAAGAACUACACCAGAACCAAUUGCAGUACCUAAACCAGAACUCGAAGUAAAAAUAGAUACGGGACUAGUUUUUGAACCAAAAAAUGAACAUGAAACAGUAACGGACAGUAAUGCCAGUAUGAAUGAUCUCACAACAGAAUCUAUGAUAGUUUCAGAUUCUAUAACUGAACCAAACCCUAAUGUAAAACAGGGACAAAGUGAAGAAUCAGAAACAAAAGAAGAAAGUGUAACUAAUUCCACAAUUCUAAUAUUAAAUUAUAGUCCAAUAGUUGAAUCUAAGUCAGCAUCACAAUACGAAACUACGACAAAGGAGAAUACAGAAGAAAUAUCGACUGAAUUAACAGUUAUCCCUAAUUUGAUAUAUGAAUCAAAAGCAAAAUUAAAUACGGUGGAAAGUAGCACAGAAAACAAUUAUGAAAAGGAAUCUGAAACAGAACCUACGAGAAACGGUGAAAACAACUUGUCUGGUAAAUCCACAGAUGUCACAAACUCAAUGUUCUCCGCUAUCAACGAUUUAGGAAAAGUUAAACUAAAUGACGAUGAUCAAAACGUUGUUACAACAACAGAACCAUCGUUAGAAGCUAAUACAGACUUAUCAAUUUUGAAACUGAACAAACCAAAAGAAAACUUACAUUUAAUAAGUUCCAACGGUGAUAAUGAUUGGCUUCAGUAUGAUAAAAAUAAAGCCACAACUGAAAAUAAUAACUUAAAGGAAGAUGAGACUAAAAAGAUACAUUUAGCCGACCUAGGUGCUACCGAGCUUCCUAAUGCAACCGACGACGAACUGUCAUUCGAAUACAUUGCAAAGAAUAAUGAAGUUCCAAGCGAAAUGGGUGACGAGGAAACUAAAACUACAGUAGCCCCUGCAUUGCACGCUGAUAGUAAAAAUACCACUGAUUUUAAUGCAAACCAAUUGUUGAAGUUCCAAGUUCAUGCUACAUCUGAAAGUGAAAAUGGAGCCGAAACACAGGACGUUCAAUUAGAUCAUCCAGUAACGGAUUAUUUAAACGACGACAGUUUGCCUCCAUUAAACGAGGAAAUUAUAGAAAAUAAACAUCUGAUGGAACCACUUGACAAAAAAACACAUGAUUCACAGACCAAUAGAGAAGAACCUUCCGAUAUUUCAUUUGAUUAUAUCAUUAACCGUUCAUCAAAGUCUAUUGAAGAGCAAAAUAGUACAGCUACAGAACAUGUGACCUCAAAAGCAACUGUUGAACACAGUACUACUACAAACGAUUCUGAUUGGGUACGUGUAUCGGUAACUGAAAUGCAUUAUGCAAAAACGUUCAAUAAAAUCCCCGAAGGUGCCGAAACUACAACGGUCAACGAAUUAGAAGAUAUAAUUAGUACUGGGAUGUCAAACGAAGAUUUUGAACCAGAUUAUUUAAACAAUAUGGAUAAAACUACCACUAAAGCACCAGAACAGUACGUACCGAUGUAUGUUUCUCAUGAUUAUGACAAUGAGGAAUUCCGCGUGAAACGAGUUAACGUAGAAGCAAAAAAUAAUACAAAUCUGCCGGUUACCACGGAACCGAUGGAAACUUCAAAAACGAGUGACCGUAAUGAAACCACCACUGUUAGUGACUACAUUUAUAGAACAACUGAAAAAUAUUUCUCAAGUAACAGUGUCGACAUAACAAAUACUUCGAAAGAUAUAAACAAAAGUGAACCAGCUCCCGUUUGGGAGGAAUCCGAUAAUGACAUACACUUACUUAACAUAGAUUCUACAGAAAAUAAUACGUUACGCAGCUUUAAUCAGACACAUGUGAACGCAAGUACAGAAAGUAUACCAGACAACACAACGCCGGUAAAUAAUUUCAAUGUUACGAUAUAUGAAAUAUCAGCCCUUGACAAUAACACAUUCCCUACGACAAAACACAUGAACUCCCAUUCUUCGGAAUAUGAUGACCAUGAAACAGAAAUGAACCCAUUUUUACCAGAAAUAGAAAAUAAUAAAAGUCUCGUCAAAAAACUACAAGAAGGACACGAUUUAGAGCCGACUAACCUCAACGACAAACAAAAUGAGAACAAUGAUGAUCAUUCUAUACCAACUGAACGCCAAACAAGUGCAAAAAGCAAUUCGAGCGAGAACUUAAAUAUAAUAAAUAAAGAUUACACAUCUAUCGGACCUGAAGUAAUGUCCGCCGAUAGUAAAAAUGUACAUUUAAAUACUAGUAACACUUCAGACGUUACAAACAACACCAAUCUAUUUAGCCAUAAAGUAUUUGACAAAUCAGGGAGCCAAACCGAGGAUAUUCAACCUAUUUCAACAUUCCUAAUUGAUACUGAAGACUUAGGCAAGGAACGCACUACUGUUUCUAAUCCUAUUAUGGUAAAAAAUAUUUUAGAAAAUGAUGCGUCUAGUCCAGCGUCUGCAGAUGAAAAACGAACAUUAAGCAGAACAAAUUAUGCAGAUGACACCAAUAAUAUGGAAUUAUUAAGUGUUCUUCCUCUUCAUAACCAAGAUGAAACACAAGUGCCUGAGAAAAACUAUACAAGUGAACAUAUACUGGAACUUAAUGAUAUAAGGACAUUAGAUUUAACCAAAUAGAAUGACAUGCUCACGUACGCAAUAUAAGCGAAUCGGUGCCCGUUGUCAUGCUUAGGUACAUAGAUAUAGUUUCUUAUUGACCAUAAGUAAAUGACAAAUGGUUCAUGGAUUACCACUACUCUACUCUUGUGUCUACAACAAAAGCUCCUGCCACGAACAUACAGAACCGCCGGGUCCCUUUGGCAAUAGGAAACAUUACGCAAAACUCUGCGUAGAGGGCACUACUAGCACAAAGUGAUGACCUACGUGCCCGUGCCUGCCUGAGGGAAACACUCUCUGUAAACAAACUGGCUUAAUGCAUAAAAGUCAUAGAGAAAGCUUGCCAUGAAACUAUUUAAGGCAAAUACAUAAGUUAAUCUAUGGUUUACAAUAUGUGCUAGUGCUGCACUCUGGCAGCAGAACAUUGCAGUAAUACAAAGUAUUGUACCGAUUUUAUAUAGUAUGAUAUGAUAACACUUAAAACAGGAAUCGGAUUUGUAAGAUAUCCCAUGUUAUUGUCUAUAAAAAUUUAAUCAAAAAUAAACAUGAAAAUACUUUACCCUCCAGCAGAAAACGUAUAAUCUGAUAAAUAUGUUAAAUAGAAGAUACUUUAUAUAUACAGUAGAAAUAGAAGUGGAAAAAAGUAAAGCGAUUUUUUCUCCGCAUAUUGUGCACGGAAUUGCAAUUGUUCACAUAGGAUAUAUUUUCUAUAAUCAUUUUUCAUGCUUUCUGCUGAUGCGACCACAAUUGAACCUAAAAACCUAAACAUUACUACUUCUGAUUUAUAGGGAUUUAGUUUUUUACAGACGUAGUGAUUGUAACAUACAACUGACAGUCAUACCUAUACUCGUAGAUAUAGUUACUAUAGUAAUAGUAAGCAAUAAACAACAAUACUUGAAACUUGAAUGUAAUUCUGCCCAAUGGUUUCUUCCGUAUCAGUCGACGGUUCGCUAUCGAAAUCGGCUUUCGACAUUUCAACACACGAACUGUACGCGUUGUACCCGUUGUAGGUAAUAUGUUAAGAAAGAAAUGAACUAUUUGUACAUUAGACUAGUCACAUUUGAAGUCAAUCUCUAGCAAAGUAACGUUUAUCGCUGACAUGGGUGUAAAUUACAGAAUGGGAAGGGCGGUUUUACGUCACCGAUAAAUGAUGCGUUGCUAGCCCUGUUACGUAGGUACGCUGUAACAUAGUGAUGGUCCCUAAUAUGGACGCGUUGUCUUAUCUCUGUAAAUAUGUCUUGUACCUACUCUCACCCUUCAAUACUUGUGGGAGCGUGAAAGCGGUUUUUACCAUCCCGACAAGUAGAUGGACAUUUGCAGCAAAAAGUGUAACAUAUGACUUGAAUCAACCCAAUGUUAUGAGGUUAUCGAAAAAAAAAAUAUUUUGUAAGUACUUACACUUUUUCUUAAAAACCCCAGAUGUUGAAAACGCGGUCAAUCUAUACUUAUCUAUAGUAUAAAAUACCUACUUAAUUAAAUUCAGCACCUUUUAAUCUACUUUAUGCCUAAUCAUUGAAAAAUGCAAGCCAUUUAACCCUUAUUGCAUAUGCAGCCAUAUAUGGCAGUUAUAAUUUUCAGCUUUAUUGAUAAUAUAGCUAAGUUACAUUUAAAACAAAUAUUUUUGAUGACAUGAAGUAAGGAGUUAUUUCGGUGCCUACAUUAUAACUAUUAUAAGUUACCAUACGCCUACAUCACACUUCUCUAAUUUGUUUCAGCUGUGCCUACGUAAUAAAAUGUAACCUAAUUAAAAUUAAACUUUAUGAUAUCUGAUCAAGAAUGUAUAUUAUGUAUUAUGUUUUUGAAUAUAUUUAACCUAUUCAGCGCUAAUCACGAAACGCUGUCGUUUUGCCUUUAUGAAGCAUUUCCACUACGUACCGGGAAACCUGUUAUCGGCUACGAUGUAGCGCUAGGACCGUAGCUGAGAGGUGAAAGUGUUAAUCUCGUGAUAGUAUGUGGGUAAUGUGGGUACUGCAAUAGGGCGCGUCUCGUAAAAUAAAAGCGAAUUAAAACCUUAGGUUAUUCAUCAAGAAAUUCAUCUCGUCUUUUGUCUAGCGCUUAUAAGUAUGUAGAUAUAAUACUUAAUUAUCACCUACGUGUUAAAAUGUAGUUAUUGUAAUCAAUAGUAUCUAUCAAUAUUAGUUUCAAAUGCAACUUGUUCCCUACACUUCCUGGGGGAGGACACCUAUCCUUGUUACAGUCAGUCAAUGACCUCGCCAAUUAACUUAAUUAUUUAAUUAAGGUCUUUACUUAAGGUGAGGUGGCGAAGGCCGAUAUGUCAAAUUUUUAACCCAAUUUUCAUAGAUCAAGGUUUACUUAGGUAGUUGUAGUCUCUAGGCGUUACAUAUCUCGUAGCACCUGAAAAAUUGGUAGGACUGCCACUGACCCAUACAUUAAUGCUAUGUCACCGGUUCAAAACUUAGCUGAUUACAUUGCUACGUACCUAUAUGUAUAUGUUUACACGAAUAUUAUAAAGUUCUCUUGAUGGAAUAUCGAAUCUCCAAUCGAAACCCUACAAAUUUAUAUUUUUUCUGAAAUUGUAUUCAUUUGUCGAAACACGCUAACCAUAAUACUGUUAAGAUACCUAUGCGUGAAUACUAUCUCUGCCAUUUCGUGUUGUGAUAACUUGCGCGGUAAAUUAUUAUAUUAUAGCGGUGACAGAUGCCGCCACAUGGAUAGUAGCUGGUCGUAGAUAGGUACCUACUACUUUUAUUGUAUUACUAAGUGAUAUUGUGAGAAAGUAAGGUCCGACUGUAAUUAUUAUUAUUGUAUUUGUUAACGUAGAUAUAUGUUGUAUAAUAUGGUUGAAAUUGUAAAGAAUUAUGUUGUAAAUAAAACUAAAGUUAGUUAAAA